AUGGUAUCAUAUUCUGGUUAUCAUGCAGAAGAUAUCCCAAUAGGAGCCGUCAAACAAAACGACCUGCUUUUCUGGCGCUACAUUAACAACAUCCUUUACAAUCCUAUUCUCGGACUGGUAAAAAUCUCAUUCUUAAUCACACUCUUGAAACUACGUUCCUGCAACCGCUGGAUAGUAGUAAGUCUCUGGACAUUGAUAUCAGUAAACACUCUUUUCAUAAUACUUGCCGUAUUUGGAGGCACCUUCAAAUGCUGGCCAAUUCAAAAGGCAUGGGAAACAUCUAUCCCCGGCUAUUGCCCUCCUAGAGCCCCAUACAUCUUCGGUACCAUCGGCACGACCAUCGCAACAGACUUUCUUGUUGCUUUGAUACCCGCAUGGAUCAUUCACGAUCUCCAGAUGCCACUGAAGAACAAAUUGGCUGUAGUAAUGUUCCUAUCUCUUCCACUGGCAGUGACGGCAAUUGGCUGCUGGCGCCUGCAGACGUUCAUUGCAGUUUUCAGCUUGCCCAAGGGCACCAGCGAAGACCCUUACAAUCUCCGGAAUGCAUUGACGAACAUUGAGGGCAACCUUGGGGUUAUCGCUGCUUGCGGACCUACGCUCAAAUGGAUCUUAGGUUGUUUCAUUCCCUACUUCAAUACUUCUCUUAGGGCGCGUGGAUACACGCUAAACUCACUGGCCAGCCGCCAACAUCGUGUGCGAGGGUAUCUGCAAAGCCACGGCGAUAUAGAGUUGCGAACAGAUGUCCUCGUUGGUUCAUAUACACAAAGCACCAAAAAUAUGUCCUGGAAAGUAUGUAGAGAUACAGGAGGUGCAAACAAAUGGUAUACUCUCGACGCAGAAAAGGGCAUCAAGAAAACUACAACAGUAGAAUUGGAAUGUGAGCUGCUAGACAUGAAGCCGGGGCAGGAACCGAAGAGACCCGAACCAACAUUACUCUAA